AUGCAGUACGCUCUCCUCACCAUCGCCUUGACGGCACCGACCGUCCUGGCAUUCCCCUUCGUUGCCCAGAUGCCAGGCGUUGAUUCAAGCUUGUUCAUGAAGCGUCAACAAUCUGGAGGCUCAAACCCAGGUGGACCAGCAACCUGCCCAAACAACCCAAACCACGUGCCAGCUCCAGGUAUCACAGCUCAGUAUCCAUACAAUGGAGCGAAGAACGGUGCUCCUGGAAAGGGUGUUGGUGGAUACCGAGUUCCAGCAGUUGGUGAUACCGCCCAUCAAUUCGUUGCUCCUGGACCAAACGAUAUCCGUGGCCCAUGCCCUGGAUUGAACGCAGCCGCCAACCACAACUUCCUUGCUCACGAUGGUGUCACAACAUUCAACGAGCUCGUCGACGCCCAGCAGAAUCUCUACAACGUUGGCUACGAUCUUUCAGUCCUCCUUGCUUUGCUCGGAUUGACCCUUACCGACGGUGAUAUCGUCACAGAGAAACUCUCCAUCGGAUGCGACGCCACCACUAGAACUUCCUUCAAUCCAGUUUUGACUGGUUCAGAACCUGGUCUCGAUGGCCACAACAAAUUCGAGGCUGAUACCUCCCUCACCCGCAAUGAUUUCUUCCUCGGCAAGGGCGACAAUUUCUCCUUCAACGGAACCCUUUACAAGAUGAUGCAGACCACCACUGGCAGCAACUAUAACCGUGACAAUCUUGCCAAAUACCGAUACGAGCGAUACCAACAAUCUCUCCGAGACAACCCAAACUUCUACUUCGGCCCAUUGUCCCUGCUGCUCUUCGGUGCCUCUUCUUUCUUGUACGAGUUGAUGCCAUCAGGAACCCGCAACUAUGCUCCCGAUGAGUACACUAUCUCAUCCUUCUUCGGCGCUGAGAGACAGGCCGACGGUACAUACACAUUCAACAACCAGGAGAAGAUUCCAGACAACUGGACCAACCGUGUCAAGCCAUAUACCAACAACGAUGUAACCGCAGAGAUCCUUGCCCAGUACUUGGAAUACCCAGUCUUGUUCGGUGGUGCUACCGGAAACGGAGGCUUCGAUCUCCUCAACUUUGGUGGCAGUAUCCAGGACGGAAAGCUUAUCGCUACUCCUGGCAGCAAGGAGCUUACUUGCUUGCUCUAUCAACUUGCCACACAAUCUGUCCCAUCCUACCUCAACGGCGUCAUCACUCCAACCGUUGAGGCUGUCGGACUUGUUUCCACCAAGAUCGGUGGAACCUUGGUCAACCUUGGCUGCCCUCAACCACUCACCUAA